AGCAUCAUACGCGAUUAUAACUGUCCACGUUCGUCCGGGAAGGGGCUCGUCCGAUCCGCAAUCGACCGCUUUCUCCGGCGGCCGGAAAGUUUUUUUCUUCUCAGAACUCCAUCGACCGCGCUUUGAACACGGUCGCACAUCAUCAUAGUGGUAUCCGGGCAGUUUAGCGGUCAGGUAUUACGGCGGCGCGAUUAGAACAUUAACAUAUUUUUUCAAAUAUAUUAUAAUCCAUGACAUAAUAUAGAUAGUACACCGAUAAUCCUACGCGCGUACUGUCCUCAGUCGGCCGAGUCUUCCGACGGAAUUGCACCACGUUUGCACAGGCUGUCCAGAUCACUAUACAUAACACUUGAGUCGUACCAAUAACCGUCAUGGGAGCAUACGUGACGUGGACGUUGGAGGUGUUGGCGUUCGCGAGUUUUGUCGUGCUCGCGGUGUUGAUGCCGUACGCUCGUCGAAAGCGUGACUAUUGGACGAGUUGUGGGAUGCCGGCAGCGUCCGGUUAUCGGUCGUUGGCCAACAUGCUGCCGGGAGUCCGUCUGCAUGACAGGUCGCUGUCCCGACAUCGAGACGACGCCAAAGCCACGGGCGCCGCCGCACUCGGGCUCUUCGACGGCGGUCGGCCGAUCGCAUUGGCGUGCGAUUUCCGCGUGGCCGCGACCGCGCUCGGCAACGACGGAUUUGCCGAGGCGGAAACCACACGUGUCCGCGAGACGAGCCUCGUACCGUCCGCGGUGGACGCGGGCGCGGUGACCGCCGUGCUGCCGACCAUGGCCGUGUGCGUGGCCGAGCUCAUAACGUCGCUGGAAGCCGUGGCCAACCGUCGGUUGACCAUUUCGCCGUGGACGGAGGUGAAGAAUUGCGCGAUGACGGUGGUGGCCACGUGCGUGUACGGACAACCGAUGGUCGACUCGCGAAUCAAAGCGUUCGCGGAACAGUGCAAAAAAGCGUUGUCGGGUGGUGGCGGUCGGCCGACGGUCACCGAAUACUUCGCGUCAUACGAUUUGCCGUCGAACGGACGAACGUCGUCUACCGAUUUCAAGCAGAUUUUAAUGGCAGCCGCCGCGAACAGUGACAAAAUCGAUGCAGAUGUUGCCGACAAACAAGUGAGAUUAGACAUGUUCAAGUUCGUGACAGGCACUAUAGAACAGACGGCGGCACUAGUAACGGGUGUACUGUAUGAGUUAGCCCACAACCAAAAUAUCCAAAAUCAUCUCAGAGAGCACUUGGAUAGCGAGCUAGACGAACAUCAGCAACAGGUCACAAUCGAACAAUUGGAUCGGUUACCGUACUUGGAAAACGUGUUAAAAGAAACAUUGCGGAAGUAUCCACUGACGACCGUUGUGCGCCGUGUGGCCACAAAACCGUACGUUGUGCCCGGAACAAGUGGCCGUGGUACCAUCGAACCGGGCUCGCUAAUCAUAGUGCCGGUGCAUGCGUUGCACCACGACGCAGAACACUUUUCCGAACCGGAAGAGUUCCAGCCGCACCGGUUUCCCGGGCAACUGUCUUCGGCGUACAUGCCACAUGGAAGCGGACCACAGUCCUAUAUCGGUAAACAUUUUGUGGAACUGGAAGCCAAGCUCAUCAUCGCUACGCUGGUGUCCCGGUACGAAGUGCACUUGGACAGGGACAAACCUGGCACGUCACCCGACUCGCUGGACCCGAGAUCGUUCGCGGGCGUACGCGUGACAGUGGCAAAUCGGAGCGGUGUUCGGGAGCCGAAGAUGUACACUUCUCUGCGACAGUUACAUAAUAGCAACGACGAAAACGCUAGUGGCCGGAAAUUCCUGUUCUUCUAACCGCGUUGUCGCUGGGACGAGACAAGCGGUUCGGUAUAAUAUCGACUGGUCAAAAGCCAAAACAGGAUUUAAGCGACGGUCUUAUUUUUUCUUUGGGAGAGCAAAAUCAAAAAUGUGUAAAUUAUUAUUUUCUUAACAUUAAGCUUCGGUUUUCGUAGAAGAUCUAGAAAUGAACAUGUUGUUAUAAUGUAUUCCGUACUAUAUCACUAACCUGAAUAGCCUGAUAAAUUUAAUAUCAUUUAUUCGAAAAAUCCCCUUAUUUAUAAUAUAUUAUAGGUUUGAUAAAUAUUAUAAUAAUUUUAAAAAUAUCAAA